CUCAACUUGCCCUGGCAGGGCCCACUAUGCUUAUAUGCAUAAUUCCAGCUGUUCCGAAAGUUGAGCAAACAGCCCGGGAAAUCCUCUCUCUAGAGCUGCUGAAGUGAAAAGCAUCGAAUCUGACACCCUGUGGGCGACGAGUCGGUACCUUGAGAACAGGACAGGACUAUGUCGACGCCUUUUGACCAAGAUUUUGAGGCGGGGAUUCGUUUGAUUAGAGAGUCCUACUCAAAAAGGAUCGCUGCUAAAGAUGAAGAAAUUAAAGUAUUGCGAGAAAAUUUGGGCAUGAAGGAUUCUGAAGUGAAGGAUUUGACCGCUCGCAUGCAAACACUCGAACUGCAGCUGGGUCGAGCGGACAAGCGGAUGGCUGAGAUGUCUCGAGCAGUGGCCAAGUUGGCCAGCUUCAAGCAGAGUGUGAUGGAGUCGUUGGCGGAUGACACGGACGUGAACAUAAGUUUAUCUGAUGGAUACCGGGUCGCCGGGUUGAGUACACUUGGAACGAGUACCUUGAGUGUUGGCCGCAUUGGGGGAAACAAUAGAGUAGCCACUGCAAGUACACAUGGCAUUGAGUUGGACAACGCUGGAUUGCCAGAACACAUCAAUCAUGAAAACUCGUUUAUUGGUGACCAUACGAGCCGUCUAUUUACCCACAGCCCAACUAGUCAAAUUGCGACCGACCGCCAUGUAGAGGACGUCCUCUCGAAUAUUUCCACCUCGCCACAGCGCACACUUAAACAUGCAUCCUCCGCGGAUAACCUCCGAAAAGUAACCGGUCUCCCUCCUGGACCCACAUCUGGGUCAGCGCGACACUCAACCACGGCGGCCUACCAACAGCAGCCACAGCAGCAGGAAAAGCGCAAAUCAGCUGGAGUCAGCUUUACGGGCAUUGAUACGGGUGGCAACCCUUCAACUCCAAACGGAGAUCCCCCGUCACCAAUCGCAGUGACAGGUCAUCCUGCCGCUAAUUCGAGCAUACAUACCAGCAAUGAGCACAGCGUAACUGGUGCCGUGGAUGGCAGAGAAUUUUUCCGGAAAGCGAGAGCGACUUUAUCUUACGAUGAGUUCACAACCUUGCUUUGGAAUGUAAAGGCAUAUAAUAAUCGUGAACAAAACCGCGUUCGUACACUGGAUAGUUUAUCUCGUCUUUUCGGAGAGAAGCAUCGCGAUCUUUAUGAGCAAUUUGAGCGGCUGGUGCAACGAUGAAAGAGAAUGAAUGGAAAACUUGUUUCUUGCUUGGAACAGAUAACAGGCUCUAUUUCCUGAUCGUAAUAUAUACAAAAUUUUGGUGUCGCUA